CGGUGCGCCGGUCCGCGGUGCCGCUCCGCCAGAUGCCAGCGAGCAGCGGCUGUGCGGUGCGCCAUCGCCCGGCUCCGCUUCACCCCGCAGCCCGAGCAUCACCUGAGCUUUACUGAACGGAGAGGAAGAAAGAAAAGAAAGAAAGAAAAGUGCAGCUUGUGGCAAUUUGAAGAAGAGGUCCGAAGAGAAGGAAAGAGAAGGAGGCUGGGAGGAGGAGUAGGAGAGAGGUCAUCGCGCCCUGUCUUGAUCUGUCUCCGGGAAGAUGCUGCGAUCAUCCCUGCUGCCGCUCCUGCUGGCGGUGGGGCUGUGCGCCGUCCGAGCCGGAAAAGUGAACAAACACAAACCCUGGAUUGAGACUUCUUACCACGGGGUGAUCACAGAGAAUGCAGACACCGUGCUGCUUGACCCCCCACUGGUGGCUCUGGAUAAGGACGCCCCUGUGCCCUAUGCAGGUGAGAUCUGCGCAUUUAAGAUCCAUGGGCAGGACGCCCCGUUCGAGGCGGUGGUCCUGAACAGGACGUCGGGGGAGGGUCUCCUCCGGGCCAGACAGCCCAUCGACUGCGAGCUGCAGAAGGAGUUUACCUUCAUCAUCCAGGCGUACGACUGCGGCGCGGGGCCUGGCGGGGGCGGCUGGAGGAAGUCCCACAAGGCGGUAGUGCACAUCCAGGUGAACGACGUGAAUGAAUUCCCGCCGGCUUUCCGGGAAGCCAUGUACCACGCAGCUGUGACGGAGGGCAAGAUCUAUGACAGCAUCCUGCAGGUGGAAGCGGCGGACCUGGACUGCUCCCCACAGUACAGCCAGAUCUGCAACUACGACAUCGUCACGCCUGACACGCCCUUCGCCAUCGACCGCAACGGAAACAUCCGGAACACGGAGAAGCUGAGUUACGACCGUCAGGGGCAGUACCGCAUCCUGGUGACAGCGUUCGACUGUGGCCAGAAGAGGGCAGAAGAGAGCGCACUCGUGCAUAUCGACGUCAAGCCCGUCUGCAAACCAGGCUGGCAGGGUUGGAGCAAGCGGGUGGAUUAUGAGCCAGGAACUGGCAGCAAGCAGCUGUUUCCCAAGAUGCACCUGGAGACAUGUGAGGGGCCGCUGUCCUCGGUGCGGACCACUGUGGAGCUGCAGACCAGCCACAUUGGGAAAGGCUGCGACCGGGAGACCUACUCGGAGAAGUCCAUGCAGAAGCUUUGCGGAGCCUCGUCGGGCAGCACGGACCUGCUCCCCGCCCCCAGCACCUCCACCAAUUGGACGGCCUCGCUGUUGACGGACAGCGGGCGGGACAGCGACCUUAUCUUCCGCUUCGACGGACGCCAGGCGGCCAAGAUCCCAGACUGGGUGGUGCCCCAGAACCUGACGGACCAAUUCACCAUCGCCACCUGGAUGAAGCACGGGCCGAGUCCGGGCCUGCGGGCGGAAAAGGAGACCCUGCUGUGCAACUCAGAUAAAACCGAAAUGAACAGACACCACUACGCCCUCUAUGUCCACAACUGCCGAUUGGUCUUCCUGCUGCGGAGGGACUUUACCGAGGCAGGCACCUUCCGACCCGCCGAGUUCCACUGGAAACUGGAGCAGAUCUGUGACAAAGAGUGGCACUACUAUGUGAUCAAUGUGGAGUUCCCCGCGGUGAUGCUCUACGUGGACGGCGUGACGUACGAGCCCUACCUGGUGACUGAUGACUGGCCGAUCCACCCAUCGCAGAUCGACGUACAGCUGACGGUGGGGGCCUGCUGGCAAGGUGAGCGUGGUCAGCGUGAUCCUGAUGCCCCAUGUCUCCUGUUCUCGGCCCAGUUCCACUUCAACCCAGCCCAGUCCAUCCUGGUCAUGGAGGGCGAUGACCUGGAGAACAUCAACACAGCGGUCAGGAAGGUGUCCUACAUCAACUCACGGCAGUUCCCCACACCGGGCCUGCGGCGCCUGCGCAUCUCCACAGCCGUGCAGUGCUUCGGCGAGGACACGUGCAUCUCCAUCCCGGACAUCGAGGCUGUGGUGAUGGUCCUGCAGCCCAGUGAACCGCAGAUCACCAUCACCGGAUCAGAGCACCUGAGCCGGCCGGCCUCGGAUCUCCAGGACCCUGCUGGGCUGCUACUCUUCCGGGACCUGCACAUCGUCAGCACCAUCAGCCGGGGAGAUGGUUCUGCCUACCGCACAGCCCACGGACCAGGGGUCCUGGAGGAGAUCAUCCACAACCUGGACUACUGUGACCUCCUGGUGAUCGGGGAGGAGCUGCAGACGGAGGUGGAGUCCUUGCAGCUCCCGCAUGCCGCCCUGCUGGGGAAACACCUCGACGCCACAAACUCCACAUCUGGUAUCUCCAUCUACGGCGUGGACUCCAUGUCCAACUAUGAGCGGGUGAUCAAGCAGCUGAGGUACCACAACCAGCACGCAGCAGACCUGGGGGGCCGCAGGUUCAGACUCACCUGCUCAGAGCUCAACGGCCGCUAUACCAGCAACGAGUUCAAUCUGGAGGUCAGCGUGCUGCACAGCGCGGCCCCCCCGCAGCACAUAAACCACAUGGCAGCGCAGCCCCAGUACCUGCAUGCCGUCCAGCAGCCGGUUGCCGCCCACAUCCCCGGCCACGCCCACAACUCCGCCAUCCCAAGCUUUGCCACCGUGGUGAUCGUGAUCUGCAUCGCCGCCCUGGUGGUCAUCGUGGUUCUGGGCAUAUACCGCAUCCAUGUGGCCCACCAGCAGGAUGCCAAAGGUGAACACGACAACAAAGAUGAUGGAGAGAUGGAGUGGGACGACACAGCCCUCACCAUCACGGUGAACCCCAUGGAGAACUUGGAGGGGACACAGGCUGCAGAUGAAGAGGUCAGUGAGGAAGAGGAGGAGGAGGAAGACGAUGACGAAGAAGAAGAUGAAUUGGAGGAAGAAGUCACGAGCGCAGAGUCUGAAGAAAGUGAUGAGGAGGAGACUCGGGGUGCCCAGGGGCCCCAUGAGGGCGACAGGAGGGCCCAGUUGGAGUGGGACAACUCAACAUUACCUUACUAAACACACACAGCCAUGUUCAGGAAACCUGUGCCUGAUUCUAAGGCUACUGAUUCAUUGGCAAGACUACCAUCUUCCAAAAGGUCUGUUUUUCUGAAAAUCAAGCCCUUUUACAAAAUGUACUCUGCUGGUCUGAAAUGUGUACUGCACAACAAAUUUGCUCCCAUAGAGACUGCAGUGUGACUAUAGGCAAUCCCCCCCCCUUCUGUCCUUUAGCUAUUCAAACAGUAAAUGAUGAUAGCUGUCAAUCACUGUCGCACGUAAAUUAUAAAAAGACCACAGUUAAUAGGCGCACAGUCACACCCUAAGCUUGUACUUGUAAUUUCAGACUCCAGUUAGACAGCUGGGUGGCUGCAUUUCACACCUUCACUUCGGAUCACUACUUCCUACAGAAGAAAGUGAGGGUGCAUCGUCUUGUUGUUGAAAACCCGUAGUCUUUGCCCAAAACACAGUAAUUUGCUUGUUAGAAAUCCCCUCAGCAAUUUUCUGGGUCUGAAGUCACACAACAAAUAUUUGUAUUUGUUAAUUCUCGUUUCCCCCCAAAAUACUCAGUUGCUCAGAGCGUCCAUGGCGGGGGAAUGUGCGAUUCCGCAAUGAUUAAAACAUCUUGCAAUGUAACCCCCCCGUGACCCCAGUUGGGAUUAAGCUGUGUCAGGAAAUGGAUAGAUGGAUGCAAUGUAACCCAGGCGCGGACUGGCCAUAGGGGAGUUCGGGAAAUUUACCGGCGAGCCGGUCGGCAAAAUAUACCAAGGGGGAGGACCCCCCCGGUCAGCGGCAAGAUUAUCAAAGUGACGGCAAAUUCCCGGCCUGCUUUUUUUCCCAGUCCGCCCCUCAUGUAAGCUGUGUCCUUAUGUGAAGUACCACAGGAAUUUUAAAGUAAUGUACCUUUAAUAAAUAUGAUUAAUUUAUUUGCAGUAUUUUAAUAUAUUAAAGCUGUUUUUUUCUUGCAGUUGAAUAUAUUUUACUUAUGUCUAUCUAAACUCUUUCAAAUGUUUAUUUUAAUGGUAAUUCUAAAUCUUUAGAGAUGCAAGACACAAACUCGGUUUGAGAAUCAGACUUCUGCGGAAGCCUCCCUUUCCGCUGACAGUGAGGGAGGAGUGCGGCUGUACACUUUUAUAUACCGGUCUGUACAUAGCGUUUAGAGUAGCGUACCCCAUUCCCGGCUCACAAGCCUCCCCCCUGUCCAUGUGCAUCCCCUCGUCCCAGCCCCCUUUCUGUGUACCCAUGAUGCCGUGUGCUGUCCCGUACGGGUUCAGACGAUCCAAGCGGAGCCGGCGCGGUUCCCGUGCCCCCCCCAGGGCGGACCCCUUACGAUCGCGCCGCGGUGUCGCCUGGCCGGAUUCGGAGAGGCUGAAAUAUCAUCACGAUGAGGCCGAAGCCCCUUGUCGUCAGCAAUACUGCCGGAGAAACACCCCCUACUCUCUGGGGUCUCUCCACCCGGACUGGGACAGGUGUAGGUACGUGUAAAGUCUGUGUCAGUGGUUCCUUUUUGCCAUCCGUGACCGUGACUCCCCCCUCCCCCUUUUCAGACUCGGAUCCCCAAUCUCCGGCUCUUUCCAUACCGUCCAUCGGAUACAGGGAGAUUUAUGUUGACUCCAUGAUUGCCAGCUGUCUGUUAGACAAUAAAAGGAGAGGGCGAAGUGCAGUAUCCCAAGCCUGUAAAAUGUGUAAAACGUUUUUUAAUUGCAGUUUCUCUCCGACUUUGUUAUGGGUUUCCUUCCGUUCCGGUGGUCACUACAGCACUGUACAUCGGCCAAUAAAGAUCUGUUUUACAAUCCA